AGAAAAAGGAAGCUCCAGAGCCGCCAUUUCAUAUACGAGCAGCUGAGAGAACGGGGUGAGGUGGGCCUAGAAAUUGGCAAAACAAAAACAAAUCUAAAAUAACGAUUUUGAUCUUCGUCUGGUUGUCUCAUUUUGAGGAGCAAAGAUGAGCUACGGAAGGCCUCCGCCCGAUGUCGAGGGUAUGUCCUCGCUCAAAGUGGACAAUCUCACGUACCGGACCUCGCCUGAGACCCUACGCCGAGUUUUCGAGAAGUAUGGCCGGGUGGGAGACGUGUACAUCCCCCGUGAUCGGUACACCAAGGAGAGCCGCGGUUUCGCCUUUGUGCGGUUCCACGAUAAGCGCGACGCUGAAGACGCGAUGGACGCCAUGGAUGGGGCCUUGCUCGACGGGCGGGAACUGCGAGUACAGAUGGCGCGCUAUGGCCGGCCACCAGACUCUCACUUCGGGCGCCGAGGCGGCGGUGGACCCCCAAGGAGGCAUGGAGGCUACGGUCGCAGGAGCAGGAAGGUAAGCUCAGGGACCAGUUUAAAUCAAUAAAAAACAUUGUAGUUAGCCAAGUGUACCUAGCGAUUGUAACAUUGUUGUAACUUCAAUGUACUGGCCAAUUUCAGCCAAAUUUGCAAUGGUUUUUAAUUUACCUAGCUAGUAUAAUUAGUAGCCCAAACGCCGGCAGAUGGCGAUAAUUAGUUAUUUAAUCUUACCUUCCAAAGGCAAUGUAUUCAGCCAGCUAUACACUCAUAUCCCCGAGUUUGUACAUAAAACAUUCUCAAUUCAGGCUGCAAAGGUGUUGAUUUCCUCCUUAACUCUAUUUAAUGGCGAGAAGGCGGGUAAGGAGGAAAUAAAAACCUUUGUAGCCUGAAUGGAAAUUGUUUUAUUUACAAACCGGUCCAUGGGGGAUAUGAGCAUGUAGCCGGCUACAUAAAUUCCCAUUGGACUGUAAGAUGAAGCAACUCAAUAUCGUCAUUUGCCGGCCUUUGGGCUAGUUAGCUAGCUACCACGUUAUCAGUUGAGUUUGCAAGUUGCAAUGACGAUAUUGUAAUUAGUUAAUCAAAAACACAUUUAUCUAGCUAAACAUUUCUACAUUUUCCUCCUAACCCCCCCCAGUCGUUCGGCCAGCCCCCGCCGGCGCAGACGCAGUCGUUCCCGAAGCAGGAGCCGCAGCCGUGGCCGUGACUACAGCCGCUCCCGGUCUCGUUCCUCCUCUAGAUCCCGUUCCAAGUCCCGCACACCCUGCAAGAGCAAGUCCCCGUCCCGAUCGAGGUCCCGCAGCCGCACCCCGGCUUCCAACAGAGGGUCAAGGUCGAGGUCCAAGAGCAUGCCCAAAUCCACCGAGGACAACGGAAUCGAGUCUUAG